AUGGGCUCUGCCCUUUUCGGCUACGAUCUCGGUGUCAUCGCCGGUGUUGUCGGGAGCGAGCACUUUACGAAUACGUAUAAAGCGAGUGGUGCUGAGAAUGGUGCCGUGGUCUCCCUGUUCACGGGCGGCGCUUUCUUUGGCGCCAUGUUUGCUGGUCUCUCUGGUGAUGUACUCGGUCGAAGAUGGACAAUCUUUCUCGGUGCCGUGAUUUUCAUUAUUGGUGGCUCUGUCCAGACCGCUGCGCAAUCCCUCAGCUACCUCUACGCCGGCCGUGCCUUUGCUGGGUUGGGCGUGGGUUUCUUGACCAUGAUUAUUCCCGUGUACCAGGGAGAGAUUGCCCACCCAACCAUUCGUGGGCGAGUCACUGCUCUCCAGCAAUUCAUGCUGGGUAUCGGUGCUCUCAUGGCAGGUUGGAUCACCUGGGGGACCAACAAGAACUACGACGAUGACAGGCAAUGGCGCAUUGCCCUGGGAAUCCAACUAAUGCCCGCCGCGAUCCUUGCCGCUCUCAUCCUGCUCUUCCCCGAGUCACCACGCUGGCUCGUCGACCAUGGUCGCGGCGAGGAGGGUCUCAGGACUCUGGCCAAGCUCCAUGCGCAUGGCGACGUCAAUGAUGCCUUUGUCCAGGCCGAGUACGCUGCGAUCCAAGAGACGAUUGCUUUCGAGCAUGAACACGAGGCCAAGUCGUACAAGGAGCUCUUUGUGAAUCGGUCCGCCUUCCGCAGACUCUUCAUUGCCUGCGCCCUUCAAGCCUCGGUCCAAAUGACUGGUGUUUCAGCAAUCCAGUAUUUUUCCGUAGCCAUCUUUGAGCAGAUUGGUAUCAGCAGCGGAAACGCUCUCAAGUACCAGGCCAUCAACUCCAUCCUCGCCCUGCUUGCUCAGGCCGCCUGUAUCCUGACCAUUGACCGCUUCGGCCGUCGCUGGCCUCUGAUCAUUGGCAAUCUCACCAACUGCCUCAUGUUUUUGAUCGCCACGAUCCUCCUCGCUGUCUUCCCACCUUCCACUGAUGGCUCUGGCUCUGGUUCUGCCGGUUGGGGUUUCAUCAUUGUAACCUGGCUGUACAACAUUUCCUUUUCGUACUCGUGCGGCCCUCUGUCGUGGAUCAUCCCGGCCGAGAUCUUUGACACUCACACGCGGUCCAAGGGCGUGUCGAUUGCGACCAUGACCUCGUUUGCCUUCAACACCAUGAUUGGGCAGGUGACAGAUAUUGCCAUUCGCAACGUCGGCGGCUGGCACUACUUUAUCGUCUUUGUCGUGUGCAACUUUACCAACGCCAUCUUCUUUUGGCUCAUUCUGCCCGAGACCCGGCGCGUACCCCUCGAGCACAUGAACGAGCUCUUCUCAAAGGCCCCAUGGAUCGUUGUUGGCACCGACAAGAGCCAGUAUGUAGGCGGUCUCGACACUGACCUCGAAAGGCGCGCUGCCCAGGUCAAGGAGAAGAGCGACGAUGUGAGGGAGCACCACGAGGAGAAGGAUACUGUGGCACCCUGA